AUGAAUCUCCAAAGUGGCGCCUACAAUAGAAUUACGUUGAUGCCUAACCCUGGAAACGUCGCUGGAGGCUACAAAGCUGCUAUGCACAACCCCAAUGUCUCUGAGGAGGCCAAGCAACACUCUAAGGAUGUUCUUGAACACGAAGACUUCUCUAGAAGCCCUACUCAUCCCAAGAACCCUGGAAACGUAGCUGGAGGUUACAAAGCUGCUUUGCACAACCCCAAUGUUUCUGAAGAAACGAAGGAACACUCCAAGGAAGUCCUUGAGGAAUUGGAAUAA